CAUUUCUUUGGCAGGAGCGACACUCGCGCGCUCCCGUUCGUUCGCCAUAGAAAACAAAGCUAUCCGUGCGCUUCCAUUACAGCUAGCGAGGCAAAUACAGCACAUCUCUUUCGCACUCUCUGCAUUAAAACCCAAGAUGGGUUUGCAGCUCAUCUGAGGGCCUUUAAUAGAGAGGCCUGUUUUGAGGUCGAUGAGACGGACGGACGUUCAGCCGACGUCAACGAAACUGUGCUUUCAUUUUUUGCGGACCGCUUUUGUUUCUUAGCGCGGCUAGCAGCAAAGCUCCGAUCUUUGUAUUUACCGUCGCGAGCCGCUGAAGGAAAACCCAUCGCCAUGUUGUUAUCGGAACGGGCUCAGUGAAGAAGGCGACACCGCGAGCGCGUGGAGGAGAUCAUCUCGUCGUUUGAGCCAAACCUGUGCCGAACCUGAGCCCUCGACCGCCGACUGCCUGACUGACUGACUGACAUGGCGGAGCAGAGCUACUCAUGGGCGUAUUCCCUUGUCGACUCCAGCCAGGUGUCAACUUUCCUCAUCUCCAUCCUCCUCAUUGUCUAUGGCAGUUUCAGGUCAUUAAACAUGGACUGUGAGAACCAGGAGAAGGAUAAGGAUGGAAACCCCACCACUAAUGGCACCUUCAACAAUGGCAACUCUAACAACAGCAUUCAGACAAUAGACUCCACACAGGCGCUGUUCCUGCCCAUUGGAGCCUCCGUGUCUUUGCUCGUCAUGUUCUUCUUCUUUGACUCGGUUCAAGUGGUGUUCACCAUAUGCACUGCAGUUCUAGCGACCAUCGCAUUUGCGUUUCUCCUGUUGCCGAUGUGCCAGUAUCUGACCAGGCCUUGCUCCCCACAGAACAAGAUCUCGUUCGGCUGCUGUGGCCGCUUCACGCUGGCGGAGUUGCUCUCCUUCUCCCUGUCUGUCAUGCUGGUUCUCAUCUGGGUGUUGACGGGACACUGGCUCCUAAUGGACGCUCUCGCCAUGGGUCUCUGCGUGGCCAUGAUUGCAUUCGUGAGGCUGCCUAGUCUGAAGGUGUCAUGCCUGUUGCUCUCAGGCCUGCUCAUCUAUGAUGUGUUCUGGGUUUUCUUCUCCGCCUACAUCUUCAACAGUAAUGUGAUGGUGAAGGUGGCCACGCAGCCCGCCGACAACCCCCUCGACGUUCUCUCCCGCAAACUGCAUCUGGGUCCCGGCAUGGGACGGGACGUCCCCCGUCUCUCUCUCCCCGGCAAGCUGGUGUUCCCGAGCUCAACGGGCAGCCACUUCUCAAUGCUGGGCAUCGGUGACAUAGUCAUGCCGGGAUUGCUCCUGUGUUUUGUGCUGCGAUAUGACAACUAUAAGAAACAGGCCAACGGAGAAGUACCCGGCCAGGCGAACAUGUCCGGUCGCAUGCAGCGGGUUUCCUACUUCCACUGCACUCUGAUUGGUUACUUUGUUGGUCUGUUGACCGCCACCGUGGCCUCUCGUAUUCAUCGCGCGGCUCAGCCUGCCCUCCUGUAUCUGGUGCCCUUCACUCUGCUGCCUCUGCUCACCAUGGCCUACCUGAAGGGGGACCUACGGCGCAUGUGGUCCGAGCCUUUCCACGCCAAGGCCAGCAGUUCCCGGUUCUUGGAGGUAUGAUGCUCCUCCAACCAGCACAGAUUCCCGCCCGCCCGCCACCCACCGGAGUGAAAGAGAGAGAGAGAGGUCUGAAGAGAGGAACUAAUCUCGUCUUCUCAUCAUCCCUCAUUCCUGUUGUCAUCCUCCAGCCAGUGGAUGAACAGACGUACGCGGACUUCACUGCCAGAUGGAUUCACGCGCUCCUCACGUCCUCGGAUUUUUCAUUCCUUCGCUUCUCUCCAUCCUGUGUCUGAUCCAAUCCAUCGCUGGUUUCCGCUACCUCUUUCUUUUCUGGUUCCAUUCCAUCUCUUUUGAUUUUGUUUUUCUCCAUCAUCGCCGCUGUUCUGCACAGCUACACCGUAACGGAUCAGUUGUUCGGCAGACGUGACCGGAGCCGCUUUUCCAUUUUUACAGCUCGGCACCGUUGCGGAUUUACAGACCGAGAUGCGUUCGUUCCCGCUCUAAACGAACAUUGGACGAGGAACGUGGAUUCUGCCGCAGCGCGCGGCCUACGAUGACCCAGUAAGGGACCAGCACACAGUAGAGGACAACCCCUACUCCUCUUUUCUUUCUCUCUUUCUCUUUCUGAUAAAACCCCGCCUGCAUCCAUCUCCACCUUUCCCCUAACAGUCCCUUACCCUUUGCAGAAACGUGUAUUUUAUUUAGAAAGAUUUUAUUCUUGGCAUAUACAGAAAUGAUGCAUUAUAAAUUGUCAGGGUGUUCUGCCCUAUGUAUAUAUGUGUACACAUGUAUUAGGGGUUAUCAUGUUGAGAAGCAAGCGUGUGCGUGCGUGUGUGUGUGUGUUUGUAUGUGUGUGUGAAUAAGAGAUUGAACUACAUGAAUAUUUUUGUCUGUCUUUUUGAUCUCAGUGGAGUCGUAUCCGAUGAAAGGAAAGGCAAUGGCACUGAUGGGACAUGUUUUUGUUUUCCCCCCAUAAAUGGGUUUUUGUUUAAGCUAAGGCCACUUUUUUGACAUCUUUUAAGAGACACAUUGGGCCCAUUUAUGACACACUUCUGUGCGUAUCCCUCGUAAAUCAUUUCCUCUGUAAUUGUGUCAUUGAAUUAAAUGUGACGGUUUGCGUAAGAAUGGUUUACGUGCGAAACACAGAGUGCACUUGAAUGAGGCCCAUUGAGAGCCGAAAAAGAGCUGACGCAUACAAGGCUCGACCGUUGAAUAAAGGGUGUGCGAUUAGGGUGAUGUAUAUGGAUGAAUGUAUAGCGAAUAACUCCAUGGGGUCUGGAGGUGGAACUUCGUCAUGCCCCCUGGAUAAAAUCUUUAAAGAUUGUACUAAAAUCAUUGGACUUUUAAACAGGCCAAACUAUUUCGCGUUAGUAUUUCAAGCAUUAAUAUUUUAGUUUGUAGCCAUUCCUUCGAGACGAUUUGAUCUACGACAGUUAAACUGGAACUGAGAAUGUGUCGCGUGAUCGAGUGAGCGUGCGUGCGUGUGUGUGACGUUGUAGAAAAUAAUGCAUUUUGCUGGCUCAGUCUGUUUGCUUUUUUUUACCUGUUGUUACCUGUUUUUUAAUCUGUUAGCUGUCUGGCCUUGCAUGUCAAUUGUACAGCGUGUCGUUCUUUAAAGCUGCGUUUCCAGGGCAACCGCGAUAGUGCGACACUCUGAAACUGAGAGACACAGACAGGAUCGUGGACGAAGAGUCGCACAAGAGAUUUAAUCAAACGAGGAGACGCAGCCGGGGCAACGAGACUUGGAGCGUUUGUACCCCGGGGCCGGGAUUUUGGAUGUGCACCUAACAAACACUGUAGUGCGUUGCCCGAAUCUUCAGUAUGAACAUUUUAUCGGAAGUGGGAUAUGGUUAACCCGAGCAUCAUGGACAUCAUCUUACCCACAAUCCCGUUCACCAUAUAGACGUUACGAAAUAAAGAAGAAUGAUGAUCAUGGUGGUUGCAUUGAAAAUAAACACAGAUGUCCUUUUUUUAUGAAAAAUUUUGUUUGUUUGUUUUGGGUUUAUUUUUUUUUUAAUCCCAUCAUUUGUAUUUCCUCACUUUUUAUUUGUGGAGUUUCGUUUUGUAUCUUCUCCAUCAUUCUCCCUGCCUGCAGAGGGCGCUAAGCUCUGGGCUAUCAACAUUAGCAGCCAAAAGGGUUCUGUAUAAAAAAGAUUUUUUUGAAUAAAUAAAUUAAAAGUGUAGUGAAAUGUGGAUCCAAAUGAGCUGUACGAAAGCAUUGCAGCUCUCCUAACCUUAUCUUUCUUCUCUUUAGUCAGGAUUCUGCUGUAAAUAAACAUGACUCUAACUGUA